AUGUCUGUAGCACCAUUCUUUUCGGAUAUAUUCCAAAAUAUUAAUACGCUUUUAAAUAAGGAUUUCUUCCACAAUGUACCAACAGCAGUCAAUAUUUCAACUAUUACUAAAUCUGGAUUAAAAUUUAAUGUAAAUGGGAAGCAGUUAUCCAAAGACGCACCACUACAAACUGGUAUAGAAGCAAGAUUUUUUGACAAAUCAACUGGACUCCUAUUAUCUCAAGGCUGGACUAAUAAAAAUAGAUUGGAUACCAGAAUUGAAUUAUCUUCUUUGGCACCUGGCUUGAAAACUGAUUUCUUUACGAGUAUUAUUCCUAAUCAAAAUAAAUUUGUAGCAUCUGAAUCCACAUCAAUGUCCAAUACUCCCAAUACAACAACCACAACCACUAAUAUUACUGCAGCAGCAAAUACAGGUCGCCAUAAUAAUAAUUCCACAGUCGAUGAAAAAUUGGAGUCGGUUAGUAAUACAACUAAAGAUAUGAUUAAAACUGCUAUUGUUAAUGUUUCAUUUGUACAACCAUUCUUUGCUGCAAAGGCAACUUUUGAUUUAUUGAAAAAACCAAGUAUCAUUGGUAAUUUAACUUUAGCACAUGACGGUUUCGUUGCAGGUACAGAAGUUGGUUAUGAUCUCACAUCAGGUUUUAUAUAUCGUUAUGCAGUAGCAUUAGCAUAUAGAACCAAGGGUUGUAACGUUGGAAUCUCUAUCAAUGAUGAACAAUUGACAACUGCUUCAUUCUUCCAGAAUGUGAGUAAGUCAUUGCAGGUUGGUUCGAAAGCAACAUUGAAUCCCAAAUUAGGUUCUAAUGUUAACGUUGAGUUUGCUACAAAAUAUUUACCUGAUCCAAGUUCUCAAAUCAAAGCCAAGAUUACAGAUGUGGGAAAGCUGACUUUAUCUUAUAAACAAAAUUUGAAGGCAGGUGUUACCCUUGGUAUUGGUGCUUCUUUGGAUGCCUUAAAAUUGGAUGAACCUUUACAAAAAGUGGGCUGGUCAUUAUCAUUCAUCACUCCAUAA